AUGGUUAAAACUGAGGACUUUUUUUUCUGCGCAUGGUGUAUUUCAGGGACUACUUUCAGUUGACAUAAAACGCGUGUGUAUGUUACUGAACGCACUUUGAUCCGCAGAGCCGCCACUGAAGUCGAAUAAGAAUGGCACAGUUUCAAACAUGCAGCAGUCGGUAUAUGUUACUGGGCGCUGGUAUAGUAAUUAUGACGCUACUCGGAGCGGCUGUCAGCCAGGGUUCACCGCCUAAUGCGGCACCGCCUUGCAACCAAGAGGAGGAUGCCUUCGAAAGUAGGACGCUAGAAGAUGGUAAAUCAAAGGUUACAUUGAAUAUACAGGCUAAUUUCAAAGCUGAAGAAAUAGGUAAAAUUGGACAAACGGCGGCUGACGAGGUCACAAAAGCCCUGACAGCGGAGAAGAUAGCUAAGGAAUUGACGGGUACUGCAGAAAUGGCCUCUAUUUCGACAGCAGCAAAUAAGGCAAGAUUGGCUUCCACCGCUUCAAGCAUCAGACCGUACUACCACCCUACUUGCCCGGAAGUGACGAUUUGGUUACGUCCAGGGUACUAUUACUGGAGAUAUAUAAUAUAUAACAGCAACAAUACGAGAACGUACAAGUAUUGCUAUAAUUACUGGUAUAUCUCUAUAAUAGAAUGUGCUUGCAAUUAUUGUCGUAUCAACUACAACCAUUACUAUGACCGAAGGUACAGAUGCUUAGAGGAAUAUAGGUACGAAUUAGUUCCCGUGAAAUGCUACUCAUUCACUGUUCACCAAAGCGGAAAAUUUACCGUAAAGCCAUUAUGGGGUAAAAUCGAAUACAGAAAUAUCCGACUUCCGAAAGAUUGCUGCUGUCACUACUACUACAGAGAUACUCUCCGCCAGUGUGCCGUACCAACUUAAACUCCAGUAUGCCGUACCAUCUUAAAGAAAUUAAACUUACGAACAAAUUCUUAAUUAUUUACUCUGUGUCUGCAGGCAAGUUCUACCCCUUUAAUCAGUGCAGACCGAGCUCAUUCCUGCGGUUUGUUCAUGAUCUGCACUGUCCACUACUCAUUGCUGUACUUUUUCCCUAAAAAUGAUGAAUGGUUUUGUCCAUAUUGAAAGAUGGACGAGUCGAUUUAAGAUAUUUAGGGUGGUAAUGGUAAUAACAAGUGAUUAUUCAGAAUCCAACGGGCGCUUUGCACAAUUAAUGCAAAAUAUUGCUAAAAUUAACAUUAAUAACCGUAUUUCUACCCUGUUAUUAACAAUUAAAUCUAUUUCUGUAUAUAUAUUGACACUUUGUAAAUAACUAAAGACACAUUUUUCACGCUUUGUUAUUUUUAAGUGAUUAGAAAACUUACAAAAAUGUUCAUACAUAAAGUCUAUCAUGAACCUGGAGACGUGACUAAAUAAAUGAAUAAAUUCUUGCUAUAUAUUGAUACAAA